AUGCAAAUCGAGUUGGAAGAAAGAAGUGUCGGCGGCCGCGAGACCGUCUCUUUCCUCCGUAGAAUAUCCGAACGUAUUCGAGCGGGAGAGGCGACGUGCAGUGGAUUACUGUUUGAGCGGGAGCGAGAGAGAGGCCGUCGCAAAAUAUUUUCGGACGCUAAUAAGCUGGCGAGCGGUGGCGGUGGCGGACGAGGGCUGUUCUGCUACCACUGCCCGCCCAGCUUGCCACCGCAUCAGCAUCGCCUGCCCACCUUAGAGUAUCCCUUCACGGCCUCGCAUCCCUACACAAGCUACUCGUACCACCCGGCGAUACACGAUGACACGUUCGUUCGUCGGAAACAACGGCGUAACCGCACCACCUUCACGUUGCAACAGUUGGAGGAGCUGGAAACUGCGUUUGCGCAGACACACUACCCCGACGUGUUCACGAGAGAAGAUCUCGCGCUCAAGAUCAACCUCACGGAGGCUAGAGUACAGGUGUGGUUUCAGAACCGGCGAGCGAAAUGGAGGAAAGCGGAGCGAUUGAAGGAAGAGCAGAGGAAGAGGGAGGGCGAUGUGCUCACUAAGAGGGACCCCGCCGAUGAUAAGGGGUCUUCCGAAUGCGGCAUGUCCCGGGGUUCGGCGGAGGCCUCACCCGUGUCCGGCGCGGCAGUGUCACCCCGAGCGUCUCCCCCUGUCACCCCCGGUUCGCCUCGUCGCUCCCCGUUGCGAUCGCCGAAUAGAUCACCCAAUAGAUCGCCAAGACAUGAGAGGUCUGAAGCCAGCUGCCCGUCUCCCGCGCCCUCAGUGGGCAGUGCGAGUUCAAGAGACGGCGCUAUGGACCAGCGUCCCCCUCACCACAUCUUCUCACCUUUCGACCACGGGCAGUCGCCCAACGUUGCACAGACUCCUCUGCAAUGCUUCGCUACUCUGUUCGAUCUCCGUACGGGCGCAUUCCGCACGUCCCCCGGCGGCGCGGGCGAGCCGCCGCCGGCGCCGCCGCCGCCGCUGUUCCUGCCGCCGCAUCUGUCGCAUCUGUCGCAACACCUCAACCAUUUGUCGCAGCCUUUCUUCCCGCUUAAAGGUUGGGGCGCCCCCUGCCCUUGCUGCCCCAAAGAAGAAGCGCGCUCCUCCAGCGUGGCCGAGCUCAGGCGCAAGGCUCACGAGCACUCCGCCGCACUGCUGCACCAGCUCGCGAGCUUCCAGUCCCGAGCGCUCUUACCGUUGCCUCUGCCGCUGCCAUUGCCGCCACUGCCGUUGCUGCCCCAUGACGGCCAGCAACCACAAAGCCACGAGCCCCCGAAGCAUCAGGAGUGAAGUUUCAGUGGCUUCUUGUAUAGUUGAGUGCUCCUGCCGUUGCCACUACUGCCGUUGCUGCCCCAUGACGACCAACAAACACAAAACCAUGAACCCCCUAAACAUCAGGAGUGAAGUUUCAGUGGCUUCUUGUAUGGUCGAGCGCUCCUGCCGUUGCCUCUGCCGCUGCCGUUGCCGCCGCUGCCGUUACUGCCCCAUGACGCCCAACAACCACAAAGCCAUGAGCCCCCCAAACAUCAGGAGUGAAGCUAUAAAGCUAUAAAAUAAUGCAUGCAAUAAUUUAUGGUGAUGGUAAUUCCACUAUAUGAGAAAUCUUUGCAACUAUUAUAUUACCUAAACACCAGGAGUACCUAAAGAUUCAGUGGCUUCUUGCAUGGUGAUCGUAACGUAACAGUUAAAUUCUCGCGACCCCAACUGUCGGUGAAGCUUUAUUGUAAUUUCACGGUAAAUAAAUUUCUUGCAUAAACA